GGAAAGGGAGGGGGGAAGAUACGCGAUGGUGAAGAAAUAGCAUAGCAAUUGUCUGCAGGCAUAGUUGGCCAGCAGACCAAUGACAUGAAGUAAUAUUUUCAGCACGGAUCCUUCAUGUAGAAAAUAAGAGUCUGAUGUAUGUUUCCAGGUAGCACCAAAGAUGUCCAGCAUUUGGCAUCUCAUUGUGGUUAUGGCAGAUUCGUUGCAGGGAAUUCAUGUCUCUCUUUUUGUGAAAGCGUCUGGUGACAGCUACAGUAAGGGAUGUUAGGCUGCACAGACUUGUUUGGUAUAGCAAACCUUAUGUUCAAAGAAGCAUUUCAAAAUAGCUGGUAUGCAUGGUCUGGCUUAAUUAUUUCCAUGCCUACAGUUACACCCUUGACUCUCUAGGUGGCAAUACACAUACACAGUAAACCACAGUGAAUCUGGAAAAUGUUUUGGGUAUGCUUUUAUUCUGCACUGCUACUGAAAAUUCGAGCAGUGACAUCAUGAAUGUUAAUCAUUUCCUUGCUGUGAUAGAUAAAUAAAGGCAGAUCAAGUCACAAGUUCCUGAUUAUAAGGUGACACAAGGUGUUCACCAUAAUUGGACUAAAAACAUUUUGUCAAGAAUUUUGGGUUCGUCUCUUGUUUCUCUCUCCACACACACCCCAGAAAACCCCAAAGCUCUCAAUUUGUUGUCACUAGUUCUCAGCACUGUUUCCAUUAGUUAGAACUGGAAGGGAAGCUUUAGCUGAUUGUGUGUUGGAUGGAUAAAUCCAGUUGAUGGCUGAAGGCUACUUGAAAUGUACUCGUUAAAAAUGAUGAAAAAAAAGGACAUGAAAAGCAGGAGGUGUGAUGUGUGGUUCCUAGCGAGCAUCCAAGAAUUGAGCUGGCUGCACUGCUGUUGAAGCGACAGCUUAUUAUGUAUGAAAAAAAAAGAAGCAUAAAGGAUGGACAAACAAGAUAGCGCUGAUCUCAAGCCCCCCAAAUCUUGGAUUGAAGAGGUCUUCAGUAAAAGAGAAUGUGCACAGAUCAUUCCCAGUUCAAAAGAUCCUCACAGGUGUCCUGCAGGAUGCCAGGUGUGCCAGAAUUUAAUCAGAUGUUGCUGUGGACGGCUGAUUGGAGAUCACCUGGGAGUGGACUGUAGCUGGCCUGUUUGUCAGGCUGUCCCACAGAAAAAUGGUGGAGAAUGGUCUGUGCAAAAUCACACGAAGACAACUCCAACAGAUGCAUUUGGUACAAUCAGUUUUCAAGACGGAGAUCACACUUACCAUGCCAAGUACAUUAGGCUCUCUUAUGACAGCAAUUUGGAACAGCUGAUGCACCUGAUGGUUAAGGAAUGGCAGAUGGAGUUGCCAAAGCUAGUGAUCUCUGUUCAUGGAGGCAUUCAAAAUUUCAAGCUUCCCUCAAAGAUCAAACAGGUUUUCUGCAAAGGAUUGGUGAAGGCUGCUGAGACUACAGGAGCUUGGAUCUUUACAGAAGGCAUCAACAGUGGAGUGUCCAAGCAUGUGGGGGAUGCGUUGAAAGGCCGUGCUUCACCCCACCUGAGAAAGAUCUUUGCUGUUGGGAUUCCUCCAUGGGGUGUCAUUGAGAACCAGAGUGAUCUCAUUGGAAAAGAUGUAGUUUGCCUGUACCAGACUCUUGGUAAUCCACUGAGCAAGCUAAGUACCCUCAACAGCAUGCACUCUCAUUUUCUAAUGGCAGAUGAUGGGACAGUAGGCAAGUAUGGGAAUGAAAUGAUGCUCAGGAGGAAUUUGGAGAAGUACAUAUCGCUUCAGAAAAUACACACAAGAAUGGGCCAAGGUGUACCCGUAGUUGGGUUGGUGGUGGAAGGAGGCCCCAGUGUGAUCCUAAUGGUGUGGGAGUACGUGAGGGCCAGCCCAGCUGUCCCUGUGGUGGUCUAUGAGGGCACUGGCAGAGCUGCAGAUAUCCUGGCUUUUACCCAUAAACACACAGGUGAUACAGGGGAGCUGCGCCCUCGAGUGAAGGAGGAAGUCUUAGUGAUGAUUCAAAACACAUUUAGCUUGGGACAGAAACAAUCCAGUCAUCUGUUUCACAUUUUGGUGGAAUGCAUGGAGCACAGAGACUCUAUAACCAUAUUUGAUGCGCUGUCAGAAGAUCAGCAGGACAUUGAUUUGGCAAUUCUGACUGCACUCUUGAAAGGUACAAAUAUGUCUGCUUCAGAUCAGCUAGACUUGGCGCUGGCCUGGAACCAGAUAGAUAUAGCCAAGAAACACAUACUGGUUUAUGGACAACACUGGAAGGUUGGUGCGUUGGAACAGGCAAUGCUGGAUGCUUUAGUGAUGGACCGUGUGGAUUUUGUGAAGCUGUUGAUAGAGCAUGGAGUGAACAUGCACCGUUUUCUUACCAUAUCUCGUUUGGAGGAACUCUACAAUACAAAGCAAGGACCAUCAAACCUACUUUUGCAUCACCUAGUUCGAGAUGUGAAACAGAAUACUCUUUCUUUGGAUUACAAGAUAUCACUGAUUGAUAUUGGGCUGGUGAUAGAAUACCUCCUUGGUGGAGCUUACCGGAGCAGCUACACAAGGAAGCAUUUCCGAAUUCUCUACAAUGACCUCUGCAGAAAACACAAGAGAGUGCUUUCCAGCUUUUCCCAGAGCUUGUCUCAUUCGCUUCAUCAGAGUAAUCAGUCGGGUAGCAGAAUGGGAUCUGCUGAAAGUACUUUGCAUUCUCAGUUCUUCAGAACAGCACAGCCUUACAAAUACAAGGAAAGAACCACUGCUUUCCAUAAGUGUAAGAAGAAAUCAAAAGAGGAUAUAAACUUUGCAGAGAACUAUGAGUCAUCUGGCUUUAUAUACCCAUAUAAUGACCUCCUGGUUUGGGCAGUAUUAAUGAAAAGGCAGAAGAUGGCAAUGUUCUUCUGGCAGCAUGGAGAGGAAGCCAUGGUCAAAGCCGUUGUGGCUUGUAAACUCUACAGGGCGAUGGCACAUGAAGCUAAACAGAGCAACAUGGUGGAUGACACUUCAGAAGAACUCAAGAAGUACUCAAAGGAAUUUGGGCAACUUGCCUUAGAUGUGCUGGAGAAAGCAUUCAAACAAAAUGAGCAGAUGGCCAUGAAGUUGCUGACCUAUGAACUGAAAAACUGGAGCAACUCAACUUGCUUAAAACUAGCAGUGUCUGUGGGGCUGAGGCCUUUCGUGUCCCAUACUUGCACACAGAUGCUGCUGACUGAUAUGUGGAUGGGACGCCUGAAAAUGCGGAAGAACUCCUGGUUUAAGGUCAUUAUGAGUAUUCUCCUGCCUCCCACCAUCUUGAUGCUGGAGUUUAAAAGCAAGGCAGAAAUGUCUCAUGUACCUCAGUCUCAAGACUUCCACCAGUUCACAUGGUAUCAUGGAGAUCAGAGCCCAGUCAGCUCUAAAGAUGCCUCAUCUCUGAAGGAUUAUGACAUGGAGAAGGUUGCACAGAAGUCUGAUGAAACCCAAGUAGAUGGUGGACAAGGAAACCUGCCUGGCACUAGAAAAAUCUAUGAGUUCUACAAUGCACCAAUUGUCAAGUUCUGGUUUCACACGAUGGCGUACAUGGUUUUUCUCAUGCUCUUCACUUACACUGUGUUGGUGAAGAUGGAACCAAGACCAAGUGUGCAAGAGUGGCUUGUUAUCAUUUAUAUUUUCAGCACUGCUAUUGAAAAAGUCAGGGAGGUAUUUAUCUCAGAACCUGGAAAAUUCCUCCAAAAAGUGAAGGUGUGGAUUUAUGAAUACUGGAAUUUUACUGAUUCUAUAGCUAUCAUCCUGUUUAUGAUUGGUUUUGGCUUGCGCUGGUCCAAACCCCCUGUUCAAACUGCAGGGAGGCUACUUUACUGCUUGGAUAUAAUAUUUUGGUAUGCUCGACUCCUUGAUCUUUUUGCUGUGAAUCAGCAUGCUGGCCCAUACCUGACAAUGAUUGGGAAAAUGACAGCAAACAUGUUCUAUAUUGUGGUCAUGAUGGCCAUAGUCCUGUUGAGUUUUGGAGUGUCACGAAAGGCAAUCCUUUCACCAGAAGAGCCUCCUUCUUGGACUUUGGCACGAGACAUUGUAUUUCAACCUUACUGGAUGAUAUUUGGUGAGGUCUAUGCUGGAGAAAUAGAUGUCUGUGAAACCAAUGAAGACUGUCCUCCUGGCUCCUUCCUUACACCAUUCCUCCAGGCUGUUUACCUCUUUGUGCAGUACAUUAUCAUGGUCAACUUGCUGAUUGCUUUCUUUAAUAAUGUUUAUUUUGAUUUGAAAUCCAUAUCAAACAAGCUCUGGAAGUACAAUCGGUACCGCUACAUUAUGACCUACCACGAGAAGCCAUGGCUGCCUCCACCAUUCAUCCUUCUGAGCCACAUUGGACUUCUGAUAAACUGCAUCUUCCACCAUCAGCCUCCAAAUGAGCUGGAUCAAGAGGAAGGUGAUGUUGGACUAAAGCUGUACCUGAGUGAUGAGGAGUUAAAGAAGCUCCAUUACUUCGAGGAACAGUGUGUGGAAAAGUAUUUUCAUGAGAAGAAUGAAAGCCAGAGUUCCAGUGACAGUGAAAGGAUUCGUCUGACAACAGAAAGAGUGGAAGAGAUGUUUCUGCAGCUUAAAGAAGUGCAUGAGAAGGUAUUUUGUAUCAAGGAGUCUUUACUUUCCCUGGACAGCCAGCUAGGACAUUUGCAAGACCUGUCUGCUUUGACAGUGGACAUCCUGAAAGUGCUUUCGGCUGUAGACACCUUGCAGGUGGAAGAAGCCUUCCUGGCUGACACAAAGCUUCGAAGCUGUAGGAAGCUGCCCCAUAGCUGGAGCAAUGCGCUCUAUUCCAAGACCUUGAGCAGCCUGGAGUGUUUGUAUGACAAGAAAUACCACUACUACAGCAUGCCACCCUCCCUUUUACGGAGCUUGGUAAGGAGUCAGUGGCCAUCAGAGUGCAAAGACCAUGUAUUUAGGAUGGAGAGUAACAAGGUAGAAGACAGCUCUCGAAAGAUAGAAAUAGAAAGUGACACACUCACUUCAGGAGUAUCCUCUGAGACUAAAUCAACCCCUAGAUAUGGACAAUUUUUGCUGGUGCCCCCUGACCAUCAGGGAGGGUCUUUCUCUGAGGAUGUCACCUUAAAUUUGUCUUUCUUGAGCACUCCUGACAAGUACAGGGACCAUGCAUUCAAAGGUGAACUGCAAAGUAGCAUUGUGGUACAGCAGAAUUUGCAGAGUGUCAGCCUCGUUGGAAAAAAGCCAGAAGAUUAUCACUGGAACCAGAGAGACUUUGUUAUUCAUUUGCCAUCAGAAAAGACUAAUGCCAUAGAGGCUAAUCAUUCUCUUAGUCGUCACCCACCGCUGGAUAUUGAAGAGAGUGCAGCACCCUUCUGUGAUGACAGGUUAAAAACUAAAGGUGGUUAUGUGAACUGGGGAUUUUCUGAAGGUGAUGAAAAAGGGGUUUUCAGCUCAGAAUCAAAGAAGGCGGCCCUGUGCAUACAUUCCACCUAUAACAGUGACUGCAAUUGGAUGGGUAGUCCUCCCAAACAUAUCCAGAUAAGAGAAUCAAAGUCCUCUGGCAACUCAGAGAGGUCACAUCACAGCAGCUACAUCUCUCAGAACAAGCUGAAACGCAGCACCUCCUUCUGGAUCAGCCCACUCUGGAGGGACUGGAGUUUCUGCAGGAGCAACAGCUUACAGUCCACUAAGAAAGAGAAAAGAGGGAAAACCUGCAAGGCCAUAGGUGAGUCUUUACAAUCCAGUGAGCUACACCACAGUGAGGCAACAAAAGCAAAACAACAAAACAGAGACAGAAAGUCUGGGAGAGGAAAGAAGAAUCAAAAAACCCUUCAGGUGCCGGUGAUUAGAGUGGAUGAUUGUCCCCAGAACACCCAAGUGAGCUCAGAGCCUGCAGAGAUCAAUGUCUGUGAUGAGCAAGAGAAACACAGCAAGAACUGGCUCACCGUGUCUAAUUUCAGUCAGCUAAGUUUGGAACGUCUCAGUUGCGUGCACCAGAAAAUGAAAAAUCAAGACAUUGGUAGGCAUACCAUACCAUUCUGUGAUUACCUGAGGCAUUCUCAAGAGGACUUGAGUAAUAGCAUAUUUGGAACCACCAAGAGAAGUAAUCUGAACAGGAACUCAUCGUUGAGAACUUCAGAGGAAACUGACAAUAUGUUUGCCUGCUUGAAAACAUCUCAAGAUCUUCAUCAUCACUACUCAGCUGUUGAAAGGAACAACUUAAUGAGACUUGCUCAGACCAUACCAUUUACACCAGUCCAGCUCUUUGCUGGAGAGGAAGUGACAGUCUACCGGCUAGAAGAAAGUUCACCUAUGAACCUUGAUAAAAGCAUGUCUUCCUGGUCCCAGCGUGGUAUGGCUGCAAUGAUCCAAGUCUUGUCAAGGGAGGAGAUGGAUGGGGGUCUGCGGAGGGCCAUGAAGGUCAUCUGUACUUGGUCUGAGAAUGAUAUAUUAAAGUUGGGACAAGUAUUUAUUGUGAAGUCUUUUCUGCCAGAGGUGGUUCAGACUUGGCAAAAGAUCUUUCAUGAUGGCACAGUGUUACAUCUCUGCCUGAGGGAGAUCCAACAACAAAGGGCUGCCCAGAAGUUAAUCUAUACCUUCAAUCAAGUGAAGCCUCAUGCUAUUCCUUAUACUCCAAGGUUCCUGGAAGUUUUCCUCAUCUACUGCCAUUCAGCGAACCAGUGGCUGACCAUUGAGAAGUACAUGACCGGCGAGUUUCGGAAAUACAAUAAUAAUAAUGGAGAUGAGAUUACCCCCAGCAGCUUGCUGGAAGAGCUGAUGCUGGCCUUCUCUCACUGGACCUACGUGUACACCCGUGGGGAGCUCCUUGUCCUGGAUUUGCAAGGUGUUGGGGAAAACCUUACGGAUCCAUCUGUAAUUAAACCUGAAGACAAAAAAUCUGGAAAGAUGGUAUUUGGACCAGCAAACCUAGGAGAAGGUGCAAUAAGAAACUUCAUCACAAAGCAUCGUUGUAACUCUUGCUGCAAGAGGCUGAAACUUCCUGAUUUGAGAAGUGACUACACACUGGAAAGGGUCAGUCCAGCCUUGGAAACAGAAAUGGAGACAAGCACCAGAGGAGCUGGUGAUGCAGAUGAGCCUUUGGAGUACGACACGCGGCUGUGAAGCAGUGGUAGUAAGCAAAGCCCAUGUGCUUGCAUGCUCCCCCUUACCACUGCCAUGGGUCAGUCCAAACGAACAAAACACAGGUGUCUGAGUGCGGCAUCUGCCAGUGGUUUUUUGUUUGUUUGUUUGUUUGGGGAUUUUUAAGUGUGGAUUAUGGUUCCAACUGGUGCUUUCUUAGGAAAAUGACUGCGACAAGCAUAUUUCCAAGGAGGAGUGACUUCAUGUUUCUCUCUGUCCUCUUUAGUAAAUAACUGAAUGUAUACACAUGUGCAAAUCAUUAAUUUUCAGAGGCAGACCCCACUUGGCCCCACGUUCACUUUUCUUGGGCAUAGGAGGCUCUCUAGGAAACUGCAGAAAUAUUACUUUCUCUUUAUUGUUGAUUUUGAUGCAGAGACAAACCAAGAAUAUAUGAGUAAUGAAUUAGUGUUUUAAACAAUAGUCACUGAUAUAGCAGGUAGACUGAAAAAUUUUGUGGGAGCUUCAGCUUAAAUUCUUUUCACAUGCCAAGAACAAGUUGAACAAUAAAGGAUUAGGUUAUUGGACCCACAAGCGUCAUUGACCUUUCUCAUUUUGAGUUCAUGAAAUUGAUAAAUCUAUGCUCUUUAAUACAAACAUGGAGAAUAACCUUGAAUGUGAUCCAACUUUUAACCAGGACCAGCCUUUCUUUAUAAUAUUUUAGCUUCAGCAUGUUUUAAAGUUGUAAUUGGCAACAAAGAUUAUAGAAGUCACAAAGAAUAAUAUGUUCUAUUUGGUAUUUAACUUCUUUUGUCAGUGUCUGGCUGUAUGUAGGACUUUCGUUUAACAGUGGUGCAAUUAUAUCUAUGGUUUUGCAGCAUCUGCGUCUGUUUCUGUUGAUGUUAUCUGAUUUCAGUAGAAGUUCACAAAACACGGAAAUCAACUAUGUGCAAUAUGAUUUUUGUGGAAUAAAGAUUGAAAUGAAGUGCUCAGGAGAAAUAUCUCUAAUACAACCAGUGUUGUAUUACAGUUAACAUCUAUCAUUAAGCAACUUUGCACUUUUAUAUUGAGUAGAAAUACCUAAUGUUGAAAUGUAAGUCAACAGAAAACUUUAUACUUGAAUAAGAAACAAAAUCAUAUUUCCACCACAGUUAUAGUAAAUUUUAAUGCAUAAGGGGGCUAUUUAUUAUGAUGUAGCAUUCAUUUUUUAUAGUUAGAAAAUGUCUAUGUACACACAGGAAUUGAAAGUUAUAUGUUCCCAGUUUUUAUAUUGAUUAUGGUAUUGAAGAAGGCAUUGAAAUAAUCACUCACACUAUGUUCAGCUGAGAUGCCAGUUCCUGAGAGCAUCCUGGAAAGAGUUUUCUUGGUUUUAAUCUUUUUAAAAAUAGUUUUAUAAGAUUAUUUUUGUGGAAAACCCCCAGCUUUCUCUCUGUUAGAAUAUACUAUUCAUUUUGCAAAAAAUGUACUUCCUUUUGGCUUUUUUGGAAGCAAUUCAAUGUAUCUGAAGGUUUAGGUUGUCUGUGAAAUAGAUUGUUUAAUUGUAUCUCUACAGAAUGAUGGUAGAUUUUGAUCCCUUUGCUGGUAAGGUAGUAGUUCUACUUGCACUGAUUAUCGUCUUAAAAUUUGGCUUUAUGGAGAUACGUACUUACAUGCACACAUACAUACUUUAAAGACAGAACUUUCUCUAAAGGAUGUCUAACUGUUAGUAUGCUUUCAAAUUCAGUGAAGUUAAAUGACACAUAAAUAUAUCUUUAAAGCCAAGGACAAUUUAAGCUCUGUCCUGAUAGUGUUGUUUUCCUCAAUCAUUUCCAUAAAUUCUGAACACAUAUAUAUAACACUAAAAAUAAACUCCACAGAAGGCUGGGGCUGAGCACCUUUUGUUUCUUUUAAAGUUUUGAAGAUAUACGCAAGUCAUACUUCUGGUGAUCUUUUCUUGACAGCCCUCCUUGUUGCCUUUAAGAGUGAGUGGAUUCUGUGUUACGAGCAAUACUUGUGAGAAUUCUUGCAGUAUAUAGCUCAGUGUAGAUUCAUCUUCCUCAGUCAUGUUAAUACCCAUCAAGGUACCUACUACCUUUGCCUUGAAUUGGGCAUCCUUGCAAGAUACUAAUCUGUGUUAAAAUAUAGUUGAUUGAUAGAAACUUGUUUGAUAUUUAAUUUCACUCAGUAUGAAAUAUUAAUGUGAUGAAAGAAGAAAAGGAGGCAUUUGGAAUUGUUCCAUUAUGUACUUGUGUGCUGGCACUGAUUUUUCCAUUCAUGAAGACACUAAGGUGAAAAAUUCCAGUGAUUCUGCUGGUAAUUAAUUUUGCCUCCCCUUUCUUCUUGCAUUUUACUGGGGAGGUCUGAUUCCCAUUGUACUAAACUGUAGGUUUCAGUAUUUGGUUAAAGACCUUCCCCCCUCCCAACUUUGUCAUAGUUCAGUAAUAAAUUAUCACUAAAAUAAUUUGAAAGGUUAUUUUUAUUUCUUUUGAGUCCUUGAUGUCUUUCUUGCUACAAAUUCUGUGCUUUCUUUAGAUUGUCUUUUGAUGCCUACAUACUGACCUCAGGUUGAAUGAAGCCCAUGCCCACUGAAAACAUGAAAAAAACCCAGCAGCCUUUAACAGACAAGCCCCAUGCUAAAAGUAUGGUGCAUAUGGAAUGAAAGAUGUGUGGGACAGGGUUCUUUCUCUCGCUGCUUGACAGCUAGUGUGGAAGAGGAAAUCUUGCAUGUCAAACUGCAGGGUUUUCUGAUUAUUAAUUUCAAUGUUUGUUUUUGCUUAAAAACACAUACAGGAAUUUAUUUCAUACUUCUGGUAGGUUCAGGAAAAGAAGUCCUGCCUACUUUGCUCAAAUAAGUCAGGCAGUAAAGUUCUGGGAAAAAAAAUUAAACCAAAGUAUUUAUAAACUCACAUUUUAAUAUGAGCUUAAAAGGAUCUUACUUAGGAAUUCAGUUGAGAUUACUGAAAGCAAAAUGUGUUUGUGGCAGCUGCUGCAUUGGAGAUGUAGUUUAAACAUAUGAAAAAUAUUCAGAAAUUGCAAAUCUCAUUCUCAGGAAGGCUUUUUUCAUUUUAUUCAUAGUUCUGCUAUAUUCGGGGUUAUUCAUUUAUUGUUAGUGCAGUAAAGACAGAAGGGAUAUUACAUCUGUAUUUUCUAGAAAUGGAUUUGUAUUUGUUGUGGUUUUGUCAAUCUAUUUCAUAUUGUUUCAAAAGAAUAAAAACACAUCUUCAAAAUGUUUCUGUUCUUGAUGGGUGUAGAAUGAAUUAAUAUGUUUCCAAGCACUAACGGAAACAGGUGAAAGUAACAUACAGAAAAUAAUGCAGUUAUUUUUAUUUUUAAUUUCGAAGUAAUAAACAGGUAUUAAUUUGCA